CAUGUUCAAAAAAAAAAAAAAAAAAAGGGGGGGGGGGGGGGGUGUUCAUUAAUUAGAGUUAUUUCCUUUGACAGAGAAAGAGGGUAAGAGGAAAACGAUGGAUGCCAUGCGGAACAGCUGUAUGUGCUGAUGGGCGCGAACCGCAAUGGCGACGUAAGGGAGGUGAAUCGGAAGUACAACCAUCGCGAUGUCUGCCGCCUCUACUUGUCCGGCGUUUGCCCUCACGAACUCUUCCAAUUAACGCUAGUGCUUGUGCCAGGAAAGUCAAGGUUGCUCUCUGCAGCCUCAAUUGUAUGGACUCUAUGUUCAUAGGGCAAUUUGGCAAAACAGAUUACACAGCAAUGUCCGGAGUGGGUAUAACGUUUCAAAUUAAUGGGGCUCUGAUGGUGGUGACUGAAGGUCGUGAAGGUGUUGUUCAAGCAGUACAAACUCCUCCCACUGUGAUGCCACUUAUAAGAAAAACGGAUAGGAUAGCGCAGUGUGAUGGUAUGCUAUGCGUCCCUCCUGCUGAUAGAGUUGUAGUUUGGAAUCCUUCAAGAAAGGCACUUAAGAGAUUUCCAGCACCUCCCAAGCCAAACUUUCUAUAUAAUGGUAUGGGUUUGGGUUUUGGUUAUGAUUCCACCAUUGAUGAUUACAAAGUUGUAAAUAUUUGGCUUGACAAAGGACGAACAACCUUCCAGAGCUUGAGGUUGAAGAUGGGUUUGUGGAAUGCUAUUGUUAGUGACAUACAAUAGCCUUUUUGUGUUGGGGGGAAAACAGGGAAGGCUGCUAAUGGCUGCAUCUAAUGGAUUGGCAAAAAACAGAAUGAUGAUGGUAGGUAUCUAAAACGUUUCAGAGUACGUUUUGAUCUAGAGAAAGAGAGGAUGAGGGAAGAGACAUUUCAAAAUGAUGAGAGAGGAUGAGGGAAGAGACAUUUCAAAAUGAUGAGACCUGGAACUCGAUGUGUUUUGGGAAUUUUGGGAGAUUAUCUGGGUCUAACAAGCAUUGCCGGCCCUAAACAUAGUAGUUAUUAUGAUAUGUGGGUAAUGAAGGAAACUAUGUACAGAAAUUGUUGGAACAAAUUGUUCAGACUUCCAGUAUGUUUCUGUUCCCUGUACAACUGCUUCUCCAUGCAUUAUACUAGGUUUUAGCAAAUGAAUGUAACAGACAUGCAGAAUUAUUUCUUUACAAUUUUAAAGAUGUAUCAGUAAGGAAGAUUGCAAUCAAUGGCCUUGGUUCAACCGUCUCUGAGUUUGGCAUGGUUCCAUUCUUAGAGAGUUUGGUCUCACCAGGCGCAUGUGAAUUUGAUGAAUUCUCAAAUCCCAGUACAGAUGGCCUUGCAACUUUGUGCAGACCAGUAAAGUGGAUUUAUUAAC